UCACAUUUUCACUAUUUGCACCCUGGAUGGAUUAAGUAGGAUGUGUGAGGACUGCUAAACUCGUCUUUAUCAAAAGGAGAAAACAAAGCCUAGAAGAUUUCACAGCUGAAAAUAGGAGUUGGAAGUUAAUGGCCAAAGCUACAGCCUUCAAAGUUGUAAAAAGUUAAAUUGGACUUUUAAAACAGUUUUUGGGCAUCUUUUCGAUUUAAACUUUGGUCAUCUUUGUUGCUCUUCAAGACUUCAGUGAUGUUCAUGAAUAAGGAUCCAGAGAAAAUCCCCCUGAUGACAGACUUGAAGAACACGUACGCUAUUGUUGAAAGUGUGGUGUAUCAAGAGCCAUCAAAGAUGAAUGGCACUGGGGGAAUCAAGCACUGUCAUGACAACAGCCAUGCGGAGGCAGACCGUGAAGGAGAGAAGAAACAUGCCAGGAUGAGGCUGUAUCUGGUCUCUGUGAUCUGCCUGAUCUUCAUGAUCGGUGAAAUCCUUGGGGGGUAUUUUGCAGACAGUCUUGCAGUGAUGACAGAUGCUGCCCACCUGCUGGUUGACUUCACCAGCUUCAUCAUCAGCCUGAUAUCUCUCUGGCUCUCCUCCAGACCUGCCACACACAAGCUCAGCUACGGCUGGCAUCGUGCAGAGAUCUUGGGUGCUCUGCUGUCAAUUUUCACCAUCUGGUUGGUAACUGGGGUGCUGGUUUAUCUGGCUGUGGAUCGCAUCAUUAACGAUGACUACACCAUUGAGGGCACAAUUAUGCUCAUGACCUCUGGUUGUGGUGUGUUGGCUAAUAUUGUCAUGGCCCUCACACUUCACCAGUCUGGCCACGGCCACAGUCACGGGGGUCUUAGCUCACACAGUCACAGUCACGGCUCACAUGGGCAUGGCCACAGUCACAAGAAAGAAAAAGGACAGAAGCAGAUCACAAACCAAGCCAACUCAACAGAUGACAAAGAAGAUCUGGAGCACAACGGAGUUGUUCAUGGAGGGCGGACUCAGCAGGCCAAUGCCAGUGUACGUGCAGCUUUUGUCCAUGUUGUGGGAGAUCUACUCCAGAGCAUCAGUGUGCUUGUUAGUGCCAUCAUUAUCUACUUCAAGCCAGAAUACAAGAUGGCCGACCCCAUCUGCACAUUCCUGUUCUCCAUCUUUGUCUUAUGCACAACCUUCACCAUCAUGAGGGAUAUUCUUGUAGUCCUGAUGGAAGGUACUCCAGCUGGUGUGAAGUACAGUGAGGUGAGGAGUCAUCUGCUAUCAGUAAAGGGAGUGACAGCUGUCCACAGUCUUCACAUCUGGGCCCUCACCAUGAACCAGGCUGUACUGUCUGCACAUGUGGCUAUAGAUGAGUCAGCUGACGCUCAGACUGUCCAAAGAGAAAUAACACAGACUUGUUUCUCCUCCUACAACUUCCACUCUGUUACAAUUCAAAUGGAAAGACAAUCUGACCAGAAGCCUGAUUGUAAACUAUGUGAGAACCCCAAGAUGUAGCGUUAAAAUGUGGCCAAGGGAUAGCUGUCACAACAUUUGGUCAUUCUGCACUGCUCCUAGGACCCUCAAGUCUUACAUUUAACUCUGACAUAAAUGCCAAAGUCUCAUGAUCAGGUUAAAGUGCCUUUGUGUUGACACUCAAAGAAAUGUGCAUGAAUGAAAGGUAAAAUGAGUUUAGCCCCCCCCCCCAUUUCAAAGUUUCAUUUGCGUUGUUUGAUAUUCAUUGUUUAUUCUUUUAAUGUUCAUUCAUAAUAUAAUAGUAUUGUAAUGCACCGUAGAGAGUUGAUGUUUGUCUUUUCUGAAUCUAUAAAUGUUACAUGAUUGUGAUGAGUGACUUUGAAGUUGAAUGUCUACUUCCCUUAAUGUUCAUCAUAACUACAGUUGACCUUGCAAACUUUAGGGAAGCACUCAGGCCAUGGCUAACGUACUGUUUGUUUCAGUAUUUGCUUACUGAGCCAACCUUUGAAAUAUUUUUCAGCCAUAGGCAUUAAACAUGGUCUUGUAUGUAAAUAUAUACAACAAUAAAUAUUUGUGUGCAUGGCCCACUAACCAGCAA